CUCCUCCCAAUUACCACGACUUCCAUGGCCAAAAGCACAAAAGAUCUCUCUCCUCCUCACGACCACAACUUCCAUGGGCCCUAAGCAAAGUUAAGAACCUAUCACUUUCCUCCUCAUCACCACGACUUCCAUGGCCCAAAGAAAUAUAAUUAGGUGACAAUUUAGAUUAUAAACCGUAUUACGAUUCAAUUUUUUCACAGAAUCAAACAAAGCAAAAUGUUGAAGCAUCACCAAUGUUUUCGGUGGUUACUGCUAUUCUCCUCCGUAGGGAUUAUGAUACCAUAUUUGGAAGGGGUUGUAACAAACAAGAAGAAUGAUGAUCAUCAAGUCAUCAUAAAAACAAAGACUUAUAGGACUCCAUUGUUCACUUUAAAACCUGGGUAUGUAGUGGAGAGAUUCUUCUAUAAUACCAACUUUCCCAAAGGUCAUAUUGCUAUGAAAAGUUUUGAUGUUGAAGUCGUAGAUGAAGAAGCCAAUCCCAUCCCUCUCUUUGAAACUUAUCUUCACCAUUGGGGAAUAACAAGGUAUUACCAACACAAAGAUACAAAAGAUCCAAACAUCAACACUUCCUUCACUCAACUCCACGAACCAAAUUUCAUAGUAGCAGGAAACAAUGGAGUAUGUCAAAAACAUGCACUUCCACAGUUCUUUGGGACAGGGGCAGAUUCAAGAAAAACAUCCUCAUUUCUUCCAAACCCAUAUGGAAUAGAAGUUGGUAACGAAAAGGAAGUCCCUUUAGGGUAUGAAGAGAAAUGGGUUCUUAAUAUUCAUGCCAUUGAUACAAGAGGUGUUGAAGAUAGAAUUGGAUGUAUUGAAUGUAAACGUCAUUUGUAUAAUGUUACAAAAGAUGGGUUGGGAAUGGCUUUAGAAGAUGAUUAUAUUGGAGGUUUAAGAUGUUGUUAUGAUCAAACUCAAUGUAAAAUGAAAAAAGGGUAUGGUAAUGAAUUAGGAGAUGAUCAACAAAGGAAUUUGUAUGUUAGAUAUACAGUCAAGUGGGUGGAUUGGGAUGAUGAUCUUGUUAUUCCUCUUAAGGUUUACAUUUUUGAUGUCACGGAUACUUGGAAGCCAUUGAUUGACUCAACAGGAGCUCCUCAACAACAUAAUUGUCUUAAAAUCGUUCUCGCAAUGUUCAUGAGAUGCAUGAAUUGGUCUUCUCAUUUGUUAACCCAAAUGGAAUCUGACCAAUUGUAUGUGGUGGAGUAUAAUGUAGGAGGGUCUUGCUCCACAAACAAUAAGGAUGGUGAUGAAUGUAAUGCUACAAAAAUGGUGAGGCUGUUGUCUCCAAGUAGUGGCUAUAUCAUAUAUGGAAUGGGUCAUCUCCAUGCUGGUGGUCUUGGUUCAACGCUUUAUGGAGAGGAUGAAAGAGAGCUAUGUUCUUCAUCUCCCAUAUAUGGAAAUGGAAAUGAAAUAGGGAAUGAAAAGGGGUAUGUGGUUGAGAUGUCAACUUGUUAUCCAAAGCCAGGCUCAGUCAAAAUCAACAAUAAAGAAAUGUUGACUCUAAUAUCCAAGUAUGAUCCUUCUCAAACUCACAUUGGAGUUAUGGGUCUCUUUCAUAUUAUGGUUGCACAAAAAUUACCAAACUCGAUCAUUCAAAUGGAACCACUCGAACAACUUGCUGAUGAUCAUAAGCAGAAGAUCACCAAGUAAAAUCUUUACAUUAUAUUAUAUUCCAAUUGGUCUAUGAACAAGAUGACGAUAAUGAUCUCAGUCAUCUACUAAUUUAGACCUAUGGUAUGGUAUUGUUACAAAUCUAAGAGUAUUGAACUUAAAAAGUUUGUGUCUUUGUAUAGUGUUAUAAUAUAAGAUUGUACAUUGUAUUACAUUUUGGAAUGAACCAGAAACUAUGUGUGUUUGAAUA